AUGCAGACUACGGGCGCUACGAGGGGACCAGCUCACCUGGUUGCCCUUUACGUGGCGACGGCCGGUCUCCAGGGUAAUGCUCUUGGUUCCGACGAAGAGGAAAUCACGCUGUUGGUUUACGUGCUUAUCGACGUGCUACAGAAUAAGGUGCUGGGAAGGCAACAGUAUAUUGUACGACCGAUGGUAAUGGACGAAAGUUGUACUCCUGGAACCGGUAGCGACAAUCCGGCAGUUGCCGGAAGUAGCGGAGUCAUCAGCGAAGCAGCGCUAGCGCAUGCUCCGACGUUAACUGAAAGAACUGUUCGAGAGCAUGGAAUUCCUCUGGAGCAAGCUAUCGAACAGUUUGAAGCAUGGUGGUCUUCAAUGUGCGUGACGUCCGGUUCCGCACCACGUUUCGUCGUAGACGGUCAGGCGCCGAUGAGACAAUGCUUACAUCCAGAAGCCUGCAACAAAGACAUCGACCUACCAGAACAUUAUACCCUGUUUCAUGACCUUCGAAAGGAAUUCGUUGCCUGUUAUUCAACCCAUGGAGAACUCUCGACUUUUGGAAUACAGGAAAUGCUGGAAUAUUUUGGUCUACCAUUAGACACUGACAAUGAUUAUCAUGUGAAAGAAAUACAAGAUAUGAUCUGUGUAAUACAGAGAAUGAUCAAAGAUGGUCACGUCUUCCAAAAUCCUGAAGCAGUUAAUAUUAUUUUAGAACCUGGUAUAUGCUCAAAAGAUGAAGAAGUUGACAAUGGCUGUGUAGUAAGAGCUAGAGGUCUUCCUUGGCAAUCAUCUGACCAGGAUAUAGCAAAAUUUUUUCGUGGCCUAAAUGUUGCCAAGGGUGGUGUAGCUCUGUGUUUAAGUCCUAUGGGAAGACGUAACGGAGAAGCAUUAGUACGGUUUGUGAACAAAGAACACAGAGACAUGGCGUUAAAAAGACAUAAACAUCAUAUGGGAGGAAGAUAUAUAGAAGUGUAUAAGGCAUCUGGGGAGGACUUUGUUGGUGUGGCUGGAGGAACUAGUGGUGAAGCUCAUGCAUUUUUAUCUAGAGGAGCUCAAGUUAUUGUUAGAAUGCGAGGCUUGCCAUAUGAUUGUGUUGCUAAACAAGUGUUGGACUUCUUUUUGUCAGGGCAAAAGCCCUGUCACGUACUGGAUGGAGAAGAUGGCGUUUUGUUUGUGAAAAAACCAGAUGGUAGGGCAACUGGAGACGCGUUCGUUCUUUUUGCAAAGGAAGAAGACGCCGUGAAGGCUUUAAGUAAACACAGAGAUUGCAUUGGAAGCCGGUACAUAGAACUUUUUCGAAGUACGAUUGCCGAGGUGCAACAGGUCUUGAAUAGGGCGAUUGAUCCGAAACAGAUUGUACUACCAACACCUCCCAUUCCACAGCUUCCACCUAUACUUCCACAACAUAUUAUCACCUCUGGUACGCGUAAGGACUGCGUUAGAUUGCGUGGUCUUCCAUACGAAGCUCUCGUUGAACAUAUUCUCGAGUUCAUGGGUGAACAUUCUAAAAAUAUUGUCUACCAGGGUGUUCAUAUGGUUUACAAUGCUCAAGGUCAACCUUCUGGUGAAGCAUUUAUUCAAAUGGACAGCGAAAGUUCAGCAUAUGCUUGUGCGUCGCAGCGACAUCAUCGGUACAUGAUAUAUGGCAAGAAACAACGAUACAUUGAAGUGUUUCAGUGCAGCGGGGACGACAUGAAUCUGGUAUUGACAGGUGCAGUAACUCCACCAUCAACCAAGGCUCUACUAUCACCUGGAGGCACGAUGUUGCCACCACCACCAGUCGCAAUAUUUCCACCUGCGGCUGCAAUGUUACCUCGUGGUCCACCACAAUUUGCAGCACCUUAUCCGGCUCCAAUAUUUUAUUGGCCCUAUCCUUCACCGCCAGUCAGCCCAACUAAUUAUUAUAAUCCAGCAAAUGUCGGUGGUAUCGCGGCAAUUCCUCAACAGGCGGCCUUGUUAACUCCAGCUGAGUGUUUACAAUUAGCACCAGGAGCAACUGUACCUGCUACAACUACACCAACCGCAGAGCCACCACGUAUUGACGCCUUCCUCCCUCGAAUGGAUAUGGAAAAACGUGUACCUGUUCCUGCACCCCCGCAAGCGGAAUGCAAUCCAUUUGUCGAAGUAUUUAUGGUUUGAUGAUGAUUGUCUGAUCGAGAUUCAUCCGGCGAAUUCGUCUUGAACGUUCUGCCACACGUUUGAUCCUCGACAGAGUCGAGUGAACCUUUUAGCCUCGCACGACAGAAACUGAACGGUUACGUUUUCUUGCUGCUUGCAAAAGAAGAUCACGUGUCCUCAUACGUGUGUGUAAGAGUCCAUGUCCAAAAUAGCUUCGUCUUUGUUAUCCGAGAAAAUCCGUUAAACGAAAUCUCGAGGGUAUCCAGUGCGACAGGAUUUAUAUUUUUUUCUUAUCUUCGAAAGAAGCUUCCCCCAACCCUCACCCCAUAAAUCUAACGUGUCGCAGGGUGGCACGUUUCUUUCUAGUCUAGAGACAGAUGCAAGUCGUCGUAGCAUAGCGCAGUGACGUCGUUUCUUUCUCGUCGUUUGUUUCAAUCCCUCUGGAACAGAACGCGCACGGCACGUUUUCUAUUCUUCUGAUUCCCUCGUUUUCCUGGGCUUCUGUUCUGUCAAUCCCUUCUAUAUAUUUUUUCUCUCCAUUCCAUUCGCAGCUCUGUGAUCAAGCAUCAGAGCGCUACAUGGACAUUCCCGGGAGUAAAGAAUCGCGAUCAGACAUCGUCUGGUCGUGUCAGUAAUAUUGUGGUGUUUAGAAAUAAUUGACGUUUCGAUCAUUUCAAGUAAGCCCGUUGAAAAUCAGUGAUCUUAACGUGCAGCUGGUAUUCGGAACUCGAGCAAUGAAAUUCACACAUGACGUGUUAGCAUUUAAUUCGUACAAACUUUUGUUUGCUACCUUGUGAUUCCGAGCAUCAAGCUAUAGUUUUAUAGUCGAACGCAUUGACCAUGUUGACCUCCUUUGCUUAACAUGGUGAAAGUGGUCGUCGAUGUUAGAAAAAGGAUAAAAAAAAGAAGUAAAAUUACUAGCGUGAUAGCGCAUUUACUUUUAGAGUUUUACUUAAUUUAAUUUAAAGUUUUAAUAUGAAAUUUAAUAUAUACCUUAUCGCUGAUCGUUAUCCAAACGAGUUAUCUAAACGUUAUUGUCGUUAAGUCACUGUAAAGUUUCAAUUUUAUUAUUAUUGAAUAAGUUAUUCGACUCCAAAGUGUCGUUUCAUAUUAGCUUCCGUUUCAUCGGUUGUCUGAAUCGCUGUAGGAGGCUACGAUUCGUGUGAUAAUAUGGUCUUAUAAUUCUUCACCAUCGAAUUACGUCCUCAAUGUUGCAAGUAUUGCAUGAACGUCUUUCGUUAAAAAUAUUAUUACUGCCUUGAACCAACUUUUAAUAUCGAUUCCUGUUUAUAAUCAAUUUUACCUGUAUGUGGUAAAGUAAAAAUACGUAUAACUAUGGUUCUACAGUGACUAUCAUACAAUAUAUAUAUAUUGGAUUAUUUAACACUGAUAGACUAUCAGGUCGAAAAUUUUGAUACCUGAGAUUUAUUGAUUAUUCAAUCACGUAAUUAGUUUACUUAAUUCUUCAGCCUUAUUCUUUCCCAGUCAAGUAGAACAUUUUUUUGAAUUUCUUCAUCCCAUCCCCAUUACUAUUAACUAAAACUAUUAACAUAUUUUAUAAUUAAUAAUUAGUCUCAUGAAUGAUACUUUUAGAAGUACACUUACUAAAGAAAAAAGAAAAAGGAAAGCUGGUCUUAAAACAAAAUUGAAAUUUUGUUAGAAUUGAAAGUGCAAAUACAUUCUAUAUAUCGGGGAGAAGGAUGAAUAUUUUGGAUAAAAAUUGAGUUAAGGAUAUACUUUUGUAGUUUUGAAAAUGUCCCUCUUUGUUCUUGUUCCUGCAAACAGCGCUCGUGUAAAAAGGUGCAAUUUUAGAUAUAAAGAGUGACGUUCGAAAAACCAGGGUCGUUUUACCGAUAAAAAUUGAAAAUAAAACAAAUUUGGUAAAAUGUCUUAUGAAUUAUACAUACAUAGAAAUGAUAUGAACGUAUAGAUAUAUAUAUAUAUUUUUUAUAAAUAUUAAACUACAGCUAGGUUUGAAAUGAGCUUUGAUAAUCGAUAAUUGACGCGUGGUUGUAAUUGCCAAAAACUUCAUCAUACAUUCCGACAUAAAGAAACAAAAAAAAUACUAUUAAACUAUAUGAUACGAAUAUUUUGCUUUCAAUUGAAUAUACAUUUGUGCUUACAUAUAAGUCAUAAAACAGAGAAAAAAAAGAUUGAAGACGAGAGUACAGGUUACACAGAUUGAUCGAUAAUAUCGAGAUUUUGGAAGGACAUUACCACCAUCGAAACUCUCGAUUCAAAGGUACCUGAAGUUGUCUGAUUGAGCGUGCUCACUAAACUGCUAAUGACACGCGAUCUGUUUUUAUUUUGUUCAGCGAUUGUUGUCGUGAUGAAAAGUGCAAUGAAACAUGACGAGGUGAUUCGCAAAUACGAGUGCUCCGAAUUAAUAUUGUCAGCUCAUAGAUAGACGAGUUUAUUCAUGUUAAGUGUCUUAAAAAUUAAGUUAAAAUAUAAGAGAUAAAAUAGUACUGCGGAUUAACGAGCACACGAACAAAUCGCAUUGUUGGUUUUGUUUCUCGUUACCGUAAUGUGCUAUGUUGCAUGAUAUUGGUGCAAUAAUUUUUUCUUUUUUCCUUUUUUGUUAUGACGUGUGCAAUAGGGAUCAAAAGAAUUAUGUAGUCUUCCGUACUAAGAAAUAUUAGGUAAAACACUACCAUCAUUAUUCGUACUAAAUUAAUUAUUUACGUCUAUAUCGAUAUUUCCAGAAUAAAGU